UUGAGAUCAGGCACAUGCUCAUUUCAUAUAGUGAUGUUAUCUUAUUGUUCAUUGUGUACUUGUUUUCCAGAAUGUCAGGCAUGAUGUCUGGUGCUUAUGGUUCUGUGGGAGCAGCCGGAGCAAGUGGAGGACCUGGUUCUAAUGAUCUGUCCGGUCUAAUCCAGGCGGGGCAACAGUUUGCUCAGCAAAUGCAACAGCAAAACCCUGAACUGAUUGAGCAGCUGAGAAGCCAAAUCAGGAGUAGGACACCUAGUGCCAGCAAUGAGGAGCAACCUUGACAUGGUUGGAAGGAUGUUCAGUUGUCGCAAGAUCUUCAGGAAGAAGCAGCAAACGAUGAAACAAAAUGAAAGGACAUGCAUGUCGGGGGCCCCACCACCCAUUGUCUUCAAAUGACUUAUCUUUUUUAUAUAUGUAUACAACUUCUCCACCUCUGACAGUUCGGACAGUCUAGACUUGUGGAUCAGUUUGCAUAUCACUUGGCGUCAUUCUUUUGGCGCACUCUCUAAAACCCCCCCUUUUUUUUAAGUACUUAAUAUUAAUGUGACUCAUGGCCAUAUGCUGUGAAUUCAUUUGUGAAUACAGAAGAGGAUCAAAUGUUUCUCAUGCUGCCACUGCUCACAGCUGUACAUCCUCCCCAAGACAAGUGUUGUUUUGUACAGAAAGUAAAUAAUGGUGUUUUAUUUGCUCCUCCUAUUGUUUGUUUAUUUGGAACACUUGUGUUCAGCCAAUUAUGCCAUGUAUACUGGGUUCCAGGCCUCCUUGUCAAGUCCUUCUCCAUCAAGAUACUUGUGGCCUAUUUAUGCCAAAUGGUUACUUUUGUAUUACAGUACCUGCUUGCAAAGGAUUAUUUGGCAUCUUAAACAACUAGUUGGUAAUCUUCCUAUAGAUUGCAAGGACCCACUCUGUAAAAGAUGUACUAUUUUGUUGUCUUUACUCAUAAAAAGUGGUAAUCAGUCUUUUAGAUGCAUGAGUGGAGCUUCACUGUCCCCUUGUGAUGAAAAGGUUGGGUAGACUCAACAAAUACUUUUUAUAGGUGCUUCAAUAGGCUAAAGAUUGAUAGCUUACAGUAAAUCUGAAUGAAUGGUUCACUUGACCAAGAAAAUUAUUUAAAUUGUAGUGAAUGAACUUUAAGGGCCCUCAAAUUGGCUUUAUUUUUUGGAAAGUCAACGUGAAUAGGAUUGAAGAGAAAGUUGUAAUUAUCUGUAAUGUGGAAAUUUAUUUUUUUUUUAUUGGUGGGAAAAAAAUGGAGACCGUAAUGCUAAAAGUGACCUUUAGGCACAGUCAACGCGAUGUAGGCGAGAAUGACAGUAUUAAAAUUGACUGCACAGUAGCUAAUUUUCUAAAAUAAUAUUUGCCGCGUUUCGUUUCGAUGUGGGACGUAGGCGAUUUAAAUAGCUUCAGCUGGGCAUCUUUAAUAAGGCCUAUAUUUGUUCAUACCUGCGUAAGGUCUGUGGGUUUCCGUAUCAUGUAUGUGUUUCGUGUUAAUGUAAUAGUGUCGGAACUCUUCUUAAGCGAGACAGAGAGAGAGAGAGGUGCUAUUUCCGUAACGUACUCCUGUUUGAUAAACAAGUGUCACACCAAUAGACGAACGCGUUGGAAGAAUUUUCUCCAAUCAGCGAAGACGGUAGGCGGAAAAACUGGUCUUUAGGAGGCGGAAGUAAUUGUAACAAUCGGAUCGCAGCCAAAGUACAAAGUGUGGAGUCCUUAAGUCAAAGAGGUCACAGUUUGUGUUACACUGACCUCCAUGCCUGGAAGUGUGCCAUUACAACUUCCUCCUCCUCCUCCUUUCACCCCCUUGUGACAACAUAUCUGACUCAGGAUGGACAUCGUGAUAGCAAAGGUGCUCUGCCUGCUUGGCGUGUUUGUCUUCAUGAUGGCAGGAUCACUUGUUCCUGUGUGGAUCAUUCAGGCAGAUUAUGAGAAGGCCUACCGAUCAAGAAAGAUUCUGUCUCUUUGCAACUCUUUUGGGGGUGGUGUCUUCCUAGCCACAUGCUUUAAUGCACUGCUUCCUGCAGUGCAAGAAAAGGUAGCUGAUGUCUUGCAACGGGUCAACAUUAAGACAGAUUACCCUCUGGCAGAGACGAUGAUGCUGGUCGGCUUCUUCUUGACGGUGUUUGUUGAGCAGGCAGUGCUCACCUUUCGCAAAGAGACACCCCCCUUCAUUGACUUGGAAACCUUCAAUGCUGGUGGUUCAGAGGCAGGUAGUGACUCGGAGUAUGAAAGCCCAUUCAUCAGUGCCUCCCAAGGGGGCAGCCGCCACCACCACCAUCAUCACAGUAACCACCUGCGACCAUCAGAACUAGCCCGUGCUGGUCCUUUACGCCUUGCCAGCUUAGUCUUUGCACUGUCAGCCCACUCAGUUUUUGAAGGAUUGGCACUGGGGCUGCAAGACAAAGGGGCAAAAGUCACAAGCCUUUUCCUUGGAGUGGCAAUCCAUGAGACGCUUGCAGCAGUGGCUCUGGGAGUCAGCAUGGCCAAGGCAUCACUGUCCAUUAAGGAUGCAGCCAGAAUUGCCACAAUAGUGAGCUUAAUGAUUCCUCUGGGAAUUGGGGUGGGGAUGGGUAUUGAGAGUGCCCAGAAUCUUGCAGGCAGUAUCACUUCGGUGGUUCUUCAAGGUGUGGCAGCUGGCACUUUCUUGUUUGUGACCUUCUUUGAGAUUUUGGCCCGUGAACUGGAAGAAAAGCAAGACCGGCUCCUUAAAGUUCUGUUCCUCAUUCUGGGAUACACAGUGCUGGCCAGCUUGAUCUUUAUCAGGUGGUAAGGAUUUGCUGGUCAACAUGAUGUCCUUUCUUUUAGACUGUUGGAAAUAGGGAAGAGUGUGGACGCUUUUGAGUCGUGUCACAACAGAUGGACCUUUUUCUGCAUUAUACUCCUCUCAUGCUAAAGCUCUACUGCAUUCUUAAUCAGUGGUACACUGUUGAAAUAGUCAGUUUGAGUGUUGAAGUGUGUGUGCCUGACAGUAAGAGUGAAUGUGUUUGCAUAUGCAUGAUCACACUCUUUGCUAAGAGUAAGCAAGUAUUUGUCUUCAUAUAUGUGAGGCUGCUGUUUGUGAAUGGGUAUCUUUUUAAGGGUCUGUGUGAUAAGACCAUAACUUAUCUAUUGGUGUGUAUGUGUAAACAAGUCCCUUUGGUUAGUGUGACGCCAUUUGACUAUGCUCCUCAAACCCAAGUGUCUAUAAAGACUGCAGGGUUAUUAAAAUCAAAAGUGGGAAGUUAAACACAUUAUCAGUUUAUUCUCUCUGGACCUUAAAUAAAAGGGUCUGGUGGUGUCCUAAUUGUUAUGGGGGCAUCUGAUAAACUUUGGCCUAUGAAUUCCACUAAAUUCCCAGCUCCCUUUAUUUCUGACUGGCAUUCUUUUUAGGCUACUCCAUUUUUGUGGUUAGAAACUGUUGUCUUUUGGUUUAUAAUUCCAUCUCAUAUCUUCUUGGAAGAGAGCAGUAGUUUAUACUACAUAUUAGUUCAACACUUAACUUUAUGUGCCGACACCCAUGUGUAGCAUCAACCAGUGCUGUUAACAUGUGUCCAUAUAAUCUGAGUCUACAGUAUAUAAAGCUGUUAGUAAGGAAGAAGAAAUGUAUUACUGUUCUCAAUACAACUUAUAUUUAAAGCUG